CCAUUCUCUCUCACAACGAGCGAGGGUUUUUUAAGCCUCUCCACCGGCCUCUUGUACUUCUUCUCUUUUCCAUUGCUCUCUCUCUGUCCUCUACAGAAGAGAGAGAAUUAACCAAACCUCUCUAUCCUCAAAACCCUCUCUCUCAUUCUCUCUCUCUCAUUCUCUCUCUCUCUUUAUCUUUCUCUGAAUCAAAUCCCAUCGAUUCGGCGUCUCGCAGCCGCUGAAUCUCUUUUUUUUGUCUAUCUCUCUCUUCUUUGAUCGAACGGCGGAGAUUUACUUUUCGGAGUGAAAGAUCGAGGUAUGCAGCAAGGUGAUCAGACGGUGUUGAGCUUGAGACCUGGUGGCGGUCGUGGCAGACUCCUUGGUCCUCGCCUAGACAGCUCCUCUUCCUCUUCUUCUUCCUCGUUGUCUUCGUCUUCGUCUGCCUUUGCUCUCGGUUCCUUUUACUCUGAUCCUCUUUUGCGUCCUCAUGGCGGUGCUCCUACUAAUUUCUCUAUAAAGAUUGGAGAUUCACGGUUUGAGGGUCGUGAGCGUGUGCGGUACACACGGGACCAGCUACUGCAGCAUAGAGAGGUUGGUGACAUUCCUGAUGAGAUUUUAAAAAUUAGACGGGAAAUCGAAGCUGAAUUUCUUGGUGAAGAUCAAAACUGGGGACGUGUCGAAACCAAUGUACCAAAUCAAUCUCAGAGUCGUUAUUCUGAGCCAGAUGAUCGUGAUUGGCGUGGCCGGUCUGCACAGCUUCCUACCUCUGGAGAUGACAGGUCUUGGGAAAACCUACGUGAAAAUAAAGAAUUUGGUAAUAGAUUUGAUUCCAGACAGCAGGAUGCGAAUCAAUUUAAUCGCCAAGACCAACUCAAUACCCAAUUUGGAAGGACACAGUUGCCUUCUAACCAAGGGGGAGGACCACCUCCUGCUCUUGCCAAGGCUUCAGUGCCAUGGUCAGCUAAAAGGGGAAAUUUAUCUGAGAAGGAGCGUGUUUUGAAGACCGUGAAGGGGAUACUGAACAAGCUGACUCCUGAGAAAUUUGAUCUUCUUAAAGGUCAACUUAUUGAUUCUGGCAUUACAUCCGCUGAUAUCUUAAGGGAUGUUAUUGCACUUAUAUUUGAUAAAGCUGUGCUGGAGCCCACAUUUUGCCCCAUGUAUGCUCUUCUAUGUUCCGAUCUUAAUGCCAAGCUGCCCCCAUUUCCAUCUGAUGAACCAGGUGGGAAGGAAAUCACUUUUAAGCGUGUCCUCUUGAAUAACUGUCAGGAGGCUUUUGAAGGUGCUGAAAAAAUGAGGGAGGAAGUCAGGCAGAUGACUGCUCCUGAACAAGAAGGGGAGCGUAGGGACAAAGAGAGAUUGGUCAAGCUUCGUACUCUUGGGAACAUUCGUUUGAUUGGGGAGCUUCUGAAGCAGAAGAUGGUACCUGAAAAGAUAGUCCAUCACAUUGUUCAGGAACUUUUAGGGUCUGACGUUAAAACGUGCCCUGCUGAGGAAAAUGUUGAGGCCAUAUGUCAGUUUUUUAACACUAUUGGCAAGCAGCUAGAUGAGAGCCAGAAAUCACGCCGGAUAAAUGAUAUGUACUUUAGCCGAUUGAAGGAACUGACAACUAACCCUCAAUUGGCUCCGAGGCUAAGGUUCAUGGUUCGUGAUGUUCUGGACUUGCGAGCCAACAAUUGGGUUCCGAGACGUGAAGAGGUAAAAGCGAAAACCAUUACUGAAAUACAUACAGAGGCUGAAAGGAACCUUGGACUUCGUCCAGGGGCUACUGCAAGCAUCAGAAAUAAUCGUGGUGUUAUUUCUGGAGCCCAAGGUAGCACCAGCCCUGGAGGCUUCCUCAUCACGAGACCUGGUACAGGUGGUAUGAUGCCUGGAAUGCCAGGAGCAAGGAAGAUGCCUGGAAUGCCUGGAAUAGAUAAUGAUAAUUGGGAGGUGCCUAGGAAUCGAUCGAUGCCGCGGGGCGAUGGGCCAGUUAUGGAGGCUGCUGGCCGUGGUCAGUCAUCAUUGUUUGGCAAGUCAGCAACAGUUAACGUAAGACUUUUACCUCAGGGUAGUGGUGGAUUCAUAAGUGGCAAGACUAGUGCCCUAUUGCAGGGCAGUGGUGGGCCUCCUGCUCGUUCAUCGAACUAUGGUGUGGGUACAGAGUUUGCAGCUCAAGUCCCUUUGCCUGCUAAACCUGUUCCUGCUGCGGCAGUGCCUCUGGUUGCUGAGAAACCACGGUUGCCAGAGGCUCCAGCAACAAAAUUGAAUGAAGAUGACCUUCAUAAAAAGACGGUCUCUCUUCUUGAGGAAUAUUUCAGUAUCAGGAUUUUAGGCGAAGCUCUACAAUGCAUAGAGGAAUUGAAGGCUCCAGCUUACCACCCGGAGGUUGUUAAGGAAGCCAUUUCCCUUGCACUGGAGAAAAGUCCACCCUGUAUCGAGCCGGUUGUGAGGCUUCUGGACUUCUUGAUUUCUAAGAAGGUUGUCACAGCCAGAGACAUUGGGACUGGAUGUUUGCUUUAUGCAUCAAUGCUGGAUGAUGUAGGCAUUGAUGUACCGAAAGCACCAAAUAAUUUUGGUGAAAUUAUAGGGAAUUUACUCUUGAUUGGUGCUUUGGAUUUUAAAGUGGUGAAAGAGGUUCUCAAGAAGGUGGAAGAUGAUCGUUUCCAGAAAGCUAUAUUUGAAGCAGGAAUGCGGAUUAUUAGCGCUAGUCCAUCAGGGCAGGGUGUACUGGAAUCACAAGCAUCUGAUAUUGAUGCCUGCCGGAGUAUGCUCUAGAAAGUCAUAAAUUAUCCAUGCGACGGGUACUCAGUUUCUGUAACCAUGUGAACUUGUGGUUCUCCUUUUUUUUUUUUUUUUUUUUUUUUUUUUUUGGUGUCUUUUCUUCUCACAUCCCUGCAAUGACCUUUUCCUUCUUCCCCUGUUUGAGAUGAGGGAGUUGUAUUACAGUAUGUGAUAAGGUGGAGCUUCCAAGAACGAAGGUAAUUUUUAUUGAGUUGUAUAUUUUUUCGAGGUAAUAGCCGUCGUGUGUUUGUUGAGGAAAGAAAAUGAAAAACAUAACGCAAAUGGAUUUUGGUCUCGGGUGUGGCCUAACGAUGUGCCAAAUUUCCUCGAGAAGAGUCGCCCUUAAAGGGGAUCCAGUUGUUUUGUACUUGAUUAGUUUUUGUUUUUUUAUCAUUUUUUAUUUUGUCUACCGAGUAUAAUUUAGUUCAUUGUUAAAA